AUGGCUCCCCAUCGCCGAAGUCGUAUUGUUAGCCGGAGGAGGACAGAGGACGAAGGCGAUGAAAACGGCUCCAUGAACGGGGAUUUUGAGGACGACUCUCUGAGUGAUGGUACUAUUUCACCACACGAGGAUGAUGAUGCCGAUGAAGAAGGGAGUGAUUUUAGUGAAAAAGACACAGCAUCUGGGACGGAGGAACUACCGGCAACAAACGGACGGCCGCAGGUUACUGAUCGUCUCGGGAGUGGUGAUGCUCAACAGGGAGGCAAAUCCGCGCCGGCUGUCCGACGACUCUUCGGAGCAACAGUGUCGGAUACUGAGGUUAUGCUGAACGGGCUGAGGUUGUCCGAUGGCGAGGAAGGCGUCGAGGAAAUCCAUUUUGAUGACAUGAAGGAAGGCCUGGAUAGUUCUAUCGCCACCCCGAAAUCUGCGAACAACAAGGGACAUAGGGGAGAGACAUUUGCGGAGAGAAAGCGGCGUGAACUUGAGAAAUACAUCAAGGAACGGGAUUCUAAUCCAGCCUUCGUACCUACUCGGGGUGGUUUCUUCCUUCAUGACAAGCGGAAUGCUGGUUCCCCGCCAAAUGGCUAUCGUUCACCACACAAUACGAACGGCAAUGGCAAACUGAAGACUCGCCCUUAUGGUCUCAUUGUCGAUAGCAACGCUGCAAGACGCCCUGCUCCGAAACCAGACGUAACUGUUGGACAGUGGGCGCACGAUCUACACGAUUCUAUUGUUCAAGAUACCCGCCCAGUACCAUCCACUUCGGCCACCAUAUCCAAUACCACUUCCCUCUCUAAUCCCCAGAGAUCUGUCCCCACUGCUCCUCGAUCAUCUCCUCCAAACCGAUCCUUCUCCAGCUCUGUCCUGGUAGGCAAUGUCCCUGUCAUCGUCUUUCUCCCGGGUAUGAAGGCGCCUAUCCCUUACUCCGCCGUACCUAAGAAACAACACACCCGCCUUCCCCAACAUCGGCCGCCUCUUCGUCGUGAUAAACCUGUUAGAAUAUCUUUACCAGGGCAGCCGCCCCGAUACAUUUUCCCCGCCACAGAGCGAUCAUUUAUCUUUAUACCGAGGGCGCUAAGACCAAAUCAGCAAUACCGUCAACGAGGCCGUGGUGGCUUCUACGGCGGUGGUGGCAGGAGAACGAGUCUUUACGGAGGGAGCAUAUAUACACCAAGUGUAGCCAUGAGCCGCAAAUCAUCACCACGACCACAGAAAACGGUUUCUGUUGCGGAUAUCGAAUCCCCGGUUACAUACCAAUUUAAUCCCCCUCAAACGCAACAGGAACAACCAUUCCAUCAUCAAGUUCCACAACCCGUCAAUGGGGGUUUCAUGCCUGAUUCGACCAUGUAUGCUCUCCAUGCACGUCAUACCUCACAUGUUUCCCAGGCCUCUGCAACCCCUUUAUCCCAAAUCCCCGAGCGUGCCAUCCACGCUCAACCUUUCCAGCCAUAUCCUUACCAACAACCCCAACCAUAUUAUACGGAACCAGGUUAUCAACCUGCCCCUGUAUUCUAUCCCGCAACAAACCCGGAGUAUCCAACCUACAACGCAUCCGCUCAGCCUAGCCACCCACCAGUCUAUGCCACCCAAGGACAACAAAUGCCUUAUUCCAUGCACCCUCACCAACCUCCAGCUAGUGACCAAGUGCAAACUCGAUCCGGCACAGUUGCGCAUGAGUCAAACGGCACGGUAUAUUACUACGAUACUUCACAGUUGGCGGGUCCCACAUACCCACAGCAGCCGAACGCACCAUAUCCUGCGGCAUCUCAGAGAGCGCCGCAGGGAGGUGUUGUUGGUAUGGGCGGUAUGAUAACACCACCGGGAACGACCUACUAUUAUCCUCAACCCCAAAAUGGAACGGUAUACUAUGCAUGA